AUGGAGGUGUCUGCAGACCAGCCCCGGUGGGUCAGCCACCAUCACCACCCGGCCGUAUUAAAUGGACAGCACCCAGACUCCCAUCACCUGGGGCACAGCUACAUGGACCCUUCUCAGUACUCUCUGCCCGAGGAGGUGGAUGUGCUCUUCAACAUCGACAGCCAGGUCAACCACGUACCUACCUACUAUGGAAACUCUGUCAGAGUAGCGCAGAGGUACCCAACAACACACCACGGUAAGUACCCUCCCAGCACCGGGCCACAUCAGGCUGACAGCUAGGGCACCAACCUGCAGGCUCUCACUUGCACGUACCCAGGUUUUUAACUCUUAUUAAUUCAAUUUAUUUACUGCCAUUUGUUAUCACAUUUCUAGUGUUAUUGAAAGAAGCCUGGGAUUCAGAAAUUGUUAUUAAUAUUUAAUAGAGUUUAUUAUAAAAAAAAACCCUGGGAAAUAGCAAGCCCGGCACUUUUUUUGAACACAAAUGUAUGUACAUACUGGUAUACUGUCAUGAAACAGGUUUGAAAAGAUUAUCUAUCUAUUUAUCUAUCUAUCUAUCUAUUUAUCUAUCUAUCUAUCUAUCUAUCUAUUUAUCUAUCUGUCUGUCUGUCUGUCUCUUCUAAAAACGUUCAAUUAUUUAUAAACAUAUUGAUUAUAGAAUAUAUAUUCGUUAUUUUUUUUUUUAGCCCAAACUAAAUACAUAAAAAAUACUGUAAUACCCAUUUCAGUGUGACGGUGCUGCCAAGUUUAGUUUCAUUUUUAAUUAUUGGAAUGACUUGUUGCUUUCUUGUGAAUGCAGCUAUAUGAAUCCAGUUUGUGAACCUGCUGAACAGGGUUGUAGGAAAAAGAAUUUCUGUGAUCUAGUAUUUUCGCACUUUUUGUGCCCAGCUUCCUGCACUCGAUUGCUUGUCUAAAUCCACCCCUCCUCUUCCUUUGCUCGGGUGCAGUACUUACCUGUUGCAAGCACCCGGACCACAGCACUAAUUCUGAAAACCACGACAGAAUAGCAAUCUGUGCGAUAUCUAAAUCAAUAUUACUAAACCAGCACACACUUACUAGCCUGCACUCAAAUACUACUGCGAAUUGACACUGUGUUUACCUGAAUAAUCUGUUUAAAAAGAAUUGUUUAUUCACUUAUUUUGGGAUAAUAUAUUUUAUUUGUCGAUUUUACAUUGACAUAUAAUAAAGAGAAAAUAAGAAUAAUUCCAAAGUAAUGGGAUUUCACAUACCUUGUCAUUUCAAUAAGGCUUUAUAAUCUACCCAUAUAUUAAUACAAAUAUUACACUGCAACAUUGUUUAUCAAACGUAUUCCUCGCAGGAGAUGUUAUUCUGCAAUGUAGCCAUACAAAAUACAAAAUAAAAAUACCCAGAACAUGGCUCGGAAGAUAUGUAAUCAACUUGGACAUUGUAUACAAUUAAACAUCUAGUAAUAAAUAUUGCUGAAUAAAUAUAUCCGGCUUGCGCUUUAACAGUUCACUUAAAAUAUCCGAGAGAAGCAAUGGUUAGCUAUCUAAUUCCUGAUCGCAGGUUAAAUAGCAGCUCACUUUAAUUACAUCUUCGUACUUAAUAAUUUAGCGCAAUCGAAAGCGCAAUCUGAAGGGAAAUUUCACGCAUUUAUAACUUCCAAUGAAGGCUACCAGUGUGACUGGAUUUAAGGCACAAUUAUUUAACUGUAUUUUUAUUGACUAAAUAUAUAGUAUGUUUUAUUUUAUAAUUAAAAAUGGUCAAAUAAUUAAAUUAUCUAUGAUAAAAUGUCACUAAACAUAAUCUCUAACUCUCUCUCUCCCUUUCUCAUUUCAAAUUUAAAAUUAAUUAAACUAUAGAUCAGUAUUGCAAAACACCAUGUUAAUCUGUUAUCUGUCUGUCUAUUUAUCUAUAUCUAAUCUACCGACCUAUCUAAUCUGCCUACCUACCUAUCUAAUGUCUUGUUUUUGCCCUGUGUAUUUAUUUAGGGAGUCAGGUUUGCCGCCCCCCUCUUCUGCAUGGAUGGCUGGAUGGCAGUAAAGCUCUGGGAGGAUCACACCAUGGCUCCCCAUGGAACCUGACCCCCUUCUCUAAGGGUCCCAUCCAUCACGGCUCCCCAGGACCCAUACCUGUCUACCCCCCGGCUUCCUCAUCAUCCUUGGCCCCAGGACAUACUAGCACCCCCUUAAUUACCUUCCCCCCCACUCCACCCAAAGAUGUCUCCCCGGAUCCCUCUAUACCCACCUCUGGAUCCAGUGUGUCCAGCCGCCUGGAGGAGAAGGAAUGCGUCAAGUACCAGGUGUCCCUGGCCGAGUCCAUGAAACUGGAAUCCUCUCAUGUCAGGAGUAACAUGGGUCCACUUGGCCCAUCUUCUUCUGGCCAUCACCCUAUCUCCAGCAGUUACCCAUCCUAUGUCCAAGACUACAGCCCCGGCCUCUUCCCACCCGGCAGCCUAUUGGGGGGUUCUCCAACCAGUUUUGCCUGCAAGUCAAGGCCCAAAACACGUUCUAGCACAGGUAGGAUUCUGUCACAACUUUUUGUACUUGGUAGCCAUUUCUAUUGAUAUAUUUGUUUCUUCAGCAUCUGAGAACUUGGAACCUUUAGAGAUCCACCAAAGCGACCAAUCUAUUGUCUAAUGGUGGUUCUCAUUGAUAACUUUCAUCUCUCACCAUAUACAGGGGAUAUCACAUUGUUGGUACAUAGAUAGAGAUUUAGGGGGAAAAACACAAAGUAGAUAAUGUCAAAGCCCAAAGUAAAUAACAUCUAGCCAUUAAAUCAUUUAUAAAGCGACCUGACAACAUUCUCCACAUGGGGAACAUUUAAUUUAAUUGGGGAUUAAUGCACCUCUUUAAUCAAUCACAGUACAAGAUGACAACCUGCACAAAUUAAGAGGAACCAGUGUGACCUCUUCUCUUAACCCAUUAAAGUGCAUAAUGGCCUACAGGGGCUCCCACAGCCCUGCUUGGAUAUGGGUUCAGUGUAAGCCAACAGGCCAUGAAAUCAGCAUUUAAGCAAACAAGCACAGCCAUCUAAUGCGAGCACAAUCCUUCAAUGGCUGUUACAAUGCUUACUGUGACAUUGGAUUCACUGAGCAGCAAAUUCACUGCACUCAAAUCAUGAAGGGGGGGAGGGAUAUGAUGAUGUCACCAAACAUCACAUAUUAAAUCAGGAAAUACAUUUUAUAGAAAACAUCUUACAACCCAACGUUUAAAAUUAUUAUACAAUUAUAAAAAAUAAAAUAAAAAAUAAAAUAUUUAAAAAAAGCAUGUUGGCCAAAAGGAAUAUAAAUAUAUAACAGAUAGCUAUGUCAGCUAUUGAGUAUCAUAAAUAAUAAUAUUAAUAGAACUAUUAAUAAAGAGUUAAUGAUUGUCACAGAAUGUCCAUAUAUUGAGUGGGAAUGGUCUGAUAGAAUUCUCCUGGUCAGUGUGAAAGUUGAAAAGGCAGAGCCAGCCCUGGGACGAUCUGUGUUUUCAAGGGGUUUUCCAGGGUAACAUUUACUUUGCCUGUCUGAGCUGGGACUGUCUCUAUUUGGUUGAUAUAUUUGAGUUAAUCCAAUUAUUUUCAGACUGCUGCACGCGACAGUUUCAUUGUUUACCGAGCGCCAAGGAGUUUAACAGGGUCCGGAUGUGGUCAGCCUAAUCAGAAUAAAGAGAGCAUGCAUGCAAUAGGCACAGGGCAGGGGACAAGGAGGGCAUGGGAUCUGCAAAGCCAUCACACAUACAUAUAUGCUUAUCUUUUAAUAUUAUUUAGGAAACACGCUAUAAAUAUGUAAAGCCCUUCAAAGAAUUAAUUGAUCAAAGAGAAAGUUAAAAUGACCUAAUAGAAAACACUGAUGGAUUUUUUUUUUAACAUAAUGGAGGUGAAGUAAUAAUAGAAACAUGUCCUGUUGCACGGAUGUUUAUAUUUGUGUAAAAGACUACAAUGACAAAUCCCAUGCAUCAAUUACUACAUACAUUUUUUUUCUGCGCUACUGCAUAUGGUGGCGUUGUGCAGUACAUUUAUAAUAAUCCACAAUUAUUCUAAUUCCCUCCACUGCUGUUUUCACAUAUUAUAGUUAUUUCAUAUUUUAAAAAGUUAAAAGCAUUGUACAGACAGUUUAAUGAUAUAGAGGUUUGACCAAUUUUAUGUUAUGAAGACAAAUUAAAAAUAAAAUAAAAAUUGAUCUUCGCAACAAAGAUUUUAAAAACAAAUAGAUCUCAAAUAGCGGGGUUCAGGGAGGUGUUAACUCCUCAAAUUACAGAUAUGUGCCAUUUUCUGCUACACAUUGGUUACAUAAUGCUGAUGAGAGUAGAGGCUCUUAGUAAAUUGUAAAUGAAGAUCUGAGUGCUGUACAUGGAGUUAGCCAUGUCUGCCCUAUUGAGUGCCAUCAAUAUAGCUAUAAACAGUGUCAGUGGGAAGCCAGAAUACUGUGGAUGGGAGGCAGAUACCUGAGUAAAAUAGGUCAGUGUCAGAAAGCAGUUGUUUUUCCGCACUCACAUUAACUGUGGUUUUAAAAGCAAGCUCCGGUAAACAUUUGAGUAAUUACAGAGCGAUCAGAAGGCUCAGCAAUACUCUCUUUUCAUACCAGAAACUACUUGGAUAUAGCUAAUGCUGUUAUGGUGUUUCUUUGUAUGAAAUACUGUAGCACGCAGUCUGAAUACAAAUUGAUACAUUAAUAUCUAUAUAUCUAGAUUGGUUAUAUUUUGCAUUAAGGGAUAAAUAAACUUUAAAUAUACUUUGGAAAAAAAGAUCAGGGCUUUUUCUCAAAACGGAAAUGCAAGGGUGAAGUUCUUAAAGUGAUACCAUCAGCAGGAACGUUCCAUUGGUUUCCAUGGUGACUGCACCACGUUUAGAACGUUGUCCCAGAACAGAAUUUUAUAACUAACCCCUAUUGUAUGGUCAGUGGUGUGUAGUAGUGGGCCCUAUAUAGCAAGUACUAUUUGAGCAACUGUUGGGCUUUGUGGUUGUGGUGAUCAUGACUCUUUCAGUGUGUAUGUGUACUGCAAAAUAUACCAGCUCGAAUUUUUAAACGGCUUACUACAUCACAACAACACCAAGCAAACUGUCAGCUGUUUAACUGCAGGAUGAGGCCUGCACUCUGUGUAUGUCUCUGUGUGUGCACCCUACCUAACCACAAGCACAGUACUAGCAAUCACAGGGCCAGGAACUGUGCAGAUGUCAAAAAAGACAUACCUUGCUAGUUGUUAUUAAGUAUGAUUGACACAUUACCUGGGGAUGUUUAAAUAUUCACCUCCCCCAAACUACAUUCUUUAUGGCAAUUCAAAAGAAGAACCAUACCAAGUCAUGUACUAUGUCACCAAAGGACAGGGACACAUGGAAGUGUCAGUUGACUGUAACAGAUUAAAAUGUCCUAAUUGGCAGCUACCCCAAUGAACCAAACACAUUUCCAUGUGACAAAGAGACGCAUUAUAAUAAAGUUAGUGAAAUAAUAUCAUAGAGAGAGAGUGGGUAAGAGUGUCAAUUCAGCUAUCAUUGGACUACAAAUCCCAUAAUGCUUAGCCAGCUCUAUAUAGUUAAAUGCAUGUUUAUGGACUUGAAAAGAAAAACAAAACAAACAUUGUUUUAUUUCCAUGGCCACUAUACUGCACAGUAAGUUGCAUUAAGUUAGGUGCCUUCCAGCCUCUUGCAAAGAUUUUGUGCCACGAUUUAAAAUAUUUGGUUUAAUUCCCCACAUACAAUAGUGCUUUCAGGAGGAUUUCUUUACAAAGAAAAAAGUGCAAUAGGUAUGGUGAUAGAAAUCAUUAUUUUGUCACACAUAACUAAGUUGGAAUGCCUGUGUUUCAAUGGCAAACAAAAGACAAGGUAAUGUUACCUUUAAAGUAAACAGGGACGUUUAAAUAGUCCACUGUUGAUCAGCUAAGCCUUUCAAAGGAACCUCUUCAAAGCCAUUUUAUAAAUUAACAGUCACUGAAAUAAACUAGAUAUAUUUUGCAAUGGAACAGAAAACAGUGAUUAGAAACAAACAGCAAUUUAAAACAGCAAUUCUUUAAAGGCCUUUACAAAAAAAAUCAAUCUACCGUAUAUGAUGUCUGUUUGCGGCACUAUGACUUGUCUCUUGGCUUUCAAAAUCCAAGCUAAAAAGCCAAACUGAAUAUAAAUCUGAAUCGUAGGCAGGAUGGAAAUGUAUUUGUACACCUAUUAUUUUGCUAUCAAUUUUGCUAGGCUGUUAGUAACAACACAACUGACCCUUUUUAGUGAAUAGUGAAGUUGGUGUUAUAAUAACACUUUAGGCCCAUGUUAAAGCAAAUAUAGUGCCAACACUUUGAGCACUGCUAGAUUCAUAUAAUAACAAUACUUAGUUUGACAGACAGAAACAAACUGACACUAUGUUUAGAGAAAGUGAUUUAUACAAUGCCAGCUUAUUCCCUAAAACUGGACAGCGUGUACAACAAUUAUUACAGAAUAAUCAGUUUAUUGCUAACUUAAACCAAAACAAAAAUGGAUAUUCAUUUGAUGUGAAAAUAAUUGCUCAUUUAAUAUCAGAGCAGAAUCACGCGAUUACUGGAAUUACUUGUAUAUCCUCUAUAGCGUCAGUACUAAAGGUAUAACUGCAAAGUCAUAAAUGGAAAAAAGGGGAAUUCGUCAUUAACUCUUCACGUGUAAGGCUACAAGCAGCAAGCUUAAGAAGGGUUGACUUGCAUAUAGGUAAAUUACUGUAUAAAUAUAUAGCUGUAAGUGUGCAGAACUAAAUAAUUUCACACAAUAUAUAUAUAUAUAUAUAAAACAUAAAAUAUCUUUCUCAGUAUUAUGACAAUCAAAAUAUCAUAUCUGGGCAGCGUGAUAUGUUUAUGCACCAAACUUUGCAAUGUAAGGGUCAAACCAAGCCAAACAUACAUUGGACACAUAUUUUAUCUGCAAUGUUAUCAUUAAUGGGGAUAAAUACAAGGAGCCCAGUAUGCAUUAGGAAAGUCAUUCACAAGAGCCAAGGAGCCAUGGCUCCUAAAAUAUUAUUGCUGGCUCCUGUCUUUUUAGUGUAUUUUAUACUGCCUAUGGGUUUAACUUCUUUCUGGCCCUUAGAACAUAUAAAUAUUUUUCUACCUCUCUAUUAAGCAGCACAAUUACAUUGUGUAAGAGGAAAUAUCAGUUAUUUCAAGAACUGCUGCCUGGCAUUUCAUGUUGUUUAAAAAAAAAAGUAGGACUGGAGGUUUUCCUAAUCAUUAUUCUUUGUAUAUUAGGAUAAAGGUUAUCUGUAAUCUCGACAAUGUUUAAUUGUUUAAAGACCUCUGAGCUAAAAGGCUUUAAAAGCCCCGAAAUGUCAAACAAACCCAAAAAUAUUAUUGUUGUAAAGUAAAAAAUAUAUAUAUUUUAAAAUGUAUUAUUUACAAGCUGCCAAAAGGAAAAAUAAAAUUCAGAUGUCUUAUGGUUAAUAUCUUUAAUGCACUCAUUUAAUGUAUAGUGACUUUAGGUAAUUGCUGCAGAUAAUAUGCAGUGUCAGUUAAUUUAUGACACAUCUAUAUUUUAGUGAUCAGUCCUUUUUGUUUUGGAAUUAUUGUUAUUACUGAGUGAAGCACACACAAUGUGAAAGGUUUUCCUGUUUUAAUAUGCAAAUCAUGCAGUUUAUUUACCACAGGAAAGAGUAGUCAGCAUUAAUAAGCUUUCACUUCUAAAAUAACAGCAUAAAAUGUAAUCUCGCUUUAGUGAGGGGGAAUGGAUUUACCCAUCUAAAAUUAACUCCAGAAAUAUAUAGUAAAAAAUACAUAAUUACCCCACAGAAAGGAUGUGCAUGCUAUGAAAACCAAAAAAGGCAAUCUAAAGGUAACUUUAUUAGUGUCUGUGGAAUUAAUUGUAAUGUAUUAGAAAGCAAAGUUCUUUGUUGUUUUAUUUGUCAAUAAACAUCAUCUUCAAUCUAUACGAACAUUCAAAAUAUGAAAACUUUAUUUAAUGGUUUAAAAUGUCCUCUAAAUUUAUACAUCUAUAACACAGACAUUUUUGGCUAAAUGUCCAACUCUAUAAAGUACUGCUCUGUGUAGCAUAUUUGCCAAUACAUAAACAAUAGGUACUGUAAAAUUUUUAAAACAUUCCAUUGUUGUUUCACAAAAUGGUGCCAUGAGUCGCAGCUUCAAACAAUAUGUCAGUAGCCUAUACGAGCCAAGUUGUAGAGUGUAAAUGCACAAGUUUGCAGUAUGUUGCUUAAGUGCCAAAACUGGGGAGCAGAGUUUUGUGAUUAGUUGCUAACUCCACUGCACUAAAAGGGAUGGACAAUUUAUACUCUAGUCAAGAGAAAUUUCAUUUUAAUAAUGGAUUGAAAAUAUUAGUACCAAGUAAAUAUGUUUUCUUUGACAUCUGGAAUCUCUCUUCAGAUGUCUGAAAAACAAAUAGACAUAUUUUAAAUUGUUCCUUUGAUUUUUUUUUUUUUUUUACUGUAUCUCAAAUAUUAACAAAGUAGCCGUAGCUUUAAACCCAGUAUUCAGGCGAUAAUGGGUUUGAGGAGAAACUGAUGUUAUACACAAUGCAUGUCUACGUAUAGUUGUUCUACAUGAAUCUGUCUAUAAUUUAUAUAAUUGUACUUCUGUGUUUGAAUAAUAUCUUAAAAUGACAGUCAUCAAGCAUAUUUAUUUGCAUAAUUUUGAUAUAAUAUAAACUACUAUCCACUCCUAUGUAAUUAAUAUAUUAUAUUGUUAUAUUCCUAGUAAUGAGUAUAGAGAAUAAUUUGGGACUAUUUGUUUUAUGAAGAAAUCAAUACACAUUCAGCAACUUCAAAUGUUUAUUAAGAAAUACAUAUUUUAAUUUCCUAAAACUUUAUAUUCAGGUUUCUGAGCAUUUCUUGUCGGGAUAGGACAAUGGCGAUGAUAGUUUUUAAUAAGAAAGAUAAAUUAUUAAAAUAUUGAGCAGAAUAUGUUUAUAUUGAAAAAAAACUAUUCUUAUAGUUUCUGAUGACAAUACAAUUUGAAAUGAAUAUUUUUGGACAAAAUUUUUCAAAUGCAUCAAUAUGCAGUUUAAACUAUCUACCAUGCCUCAGAUAUCUCGCGACAAAUUCAUGAAAUUGUGCACUACUUUAAUUAAAUUAAAUAGUUAUAAGAGCAUUUACCUGCCUGUAUAUAUACAGAUACAAAAUAAUUUAGUACUGUAUUGCAGUAUCUUCUAAUAUAAUUUUAUUAGUCUAUCAAGUGCUUCAGACUUGAAAAACUGAGCAAGUCCAUAGAACAUGUCUUUUAAAUAUGGGUAGUCAUUUAAAAAAAAAAGACAGUAAGCAUUAUAAUAUAAAAUUAUUUAACAAGAAAGGGAAUAUUUAGCAUUUGUUAGUAUCCAAGAAUGUCAUCAUAAUGGACAUUAUUAUGACAUGAUGCUACCAUACUUACCAUUUUUUUGUCACCUGCAUCACUGGACUUAUGUUUCUAACACGUUAUAAAUGUAGCUUUAUAAAUGUAGCUUUAGAACUAUGUCCUGUACAAAUCAAGUCAAAAUGCAAAGAGAAUUUAUACGUUAUGCCACUAGCAAUAUACCUUUCUUGGCAAAGUAAAAUUACAAUAAAAUAUUAUCCUAAAUCAACUACACAACAAACUGCCUGCAAUGUAUAAUGUGGCUGAAUCACAGAUCUUAGAACGCAAGGAAUUUAGGUAUGCAAAACAAAAUGUCCCACAUAAGCAGAUAGCAGGUAUACAGAUAAACAAUCUUGGGUAAGUUCAGGCAGCAAUCUGCUGGUAGAGUUCUGCACGUUACUGUAUAUCGCAGAACUGGUAUGGUGGCUGCAGACACAUCUAUUUAUAAAGUCUGCGUGACAAAUUCAGCCAAUAACAUGGUAUUAUGUAAUAAUUAGGAAAGAAAAGGUCUAGGUGGUUCUUUCAAUUAUAAAAGUAUUUCUUUUAUGAUUUGUAAGACUUCUAAAUUGCGCCUGUUAAUAAAUAUUUUCCUCUCAACUAUAGGAAAAUAUAAAUCACAACUAAGCAUUUGCUUAUUAAAUCUUCAGUAGAUGUGAAUUCUAAAUAAUUGGUGAAAAUAUAUAAAUUUGGAAUCAUUGGUCUAGUCAUCGUCUUGAAAUCGGAAGAUAUGGUUUUAGAGUAAUAUGUUUUCCCAGGAGAAUCUGACAAUGGUGAUUUUUAUUAUUAUAAAAGCUGAAUUGGGUUAUGUUUAUUACAGAGGGGGCUACAUGUUUUAUUAUUUCCAAAGUGAUAAAUUAUUAUUAGUUAAUAUAACCACGAUGGAAAAAAACCCCCUGAAAUAUAGUUCCAAGUUCUCAUUUACUGUUAUUAAACCUUUUUAUUAAAAAGCUGAUUGAUGACCAUCUUUGAGAAUAUAACGUAUUGUGAACAUUUUGAGUACUUUCCAUUUAAUGUGGUUCCGUUAUCAUCCUAAAACUGUAAGGUGUGUUUACUAAAGUUAGAGUGCGAAGGUAAUUCAAAAUGAAUUUCAAAUUUAAGGCCAGUAUAGCUGAACUGAGAGCAUAGCUGGCUUAGAGAAUUUUUCCAAUUCGGCUAUUUUGACCUUAAAUGUGAAAUUUACUUUGAAUUCACACUUUAAUAAAUAACCCCCUGUGUCUGGCUGAGAUUCAGAGAAUUGUAGUUCAUAAAUAACUGGAUCGCUAAAAGGUUGGCCACCCUUAAUCUAUGGAAUCAUUUUCUUUAUUUGGUUAAUUUAAGCGUAUAGCCUCCUAAAUAGAUAAUAGACUAGUUUUCUCCUCAAAUCAACCAUGUGUAAUCUUGUUUUCAGAAGGCAGGGAGUGUGUAAACUGUGGGGCAACCUCAACACCCCUGUGGCGGAGAGAUGGCACCGGACAUUAUCUGUGUAAUGCAUGUGGACUCUAUCACAAAAUGAACGGCCAGAAUCGACCUCUCAUUAAACCCAAAAGACGACUGGUAAGUCAAAUUCCACUAUACAAAAACCAACUCUCUUCUUUCUCUAAUUUCCCCAGCUCAGGAAGGGAAGCUUUCAGCAGGAAAUUGGCAGCACCACCAAAAGACUUGUUAUAGUGACCAGAAGAAGUGUUCUCAAGUAAGGAAGAACAGACACUCUGGGUCCCAUUUGAUUAAUCUUUUCACAUUUGCUUGGUUUAUCGAUCGCAGGAUCACAGAUCACAUGUGUGGUGCUAUAUACAUACUGAUGAAUAGUAAGACAGGUUCAUCAAGUUCAUGUGCUACACAACUCCUUUAGUAGAUAGUGAGAGAAGUACAACUAGCUCCAUGAGAUUAUAUCAACUCCCUAUAUUACACCAGUAUUAAAAGGAUAUUCCAAGCACCAUAACCACUCCAGCUUAUUGUAAUCAUUAUGCUUUAAAGAGCCUAUGCGUGCAGUCCCUCUUUUUUUUCUCAAACCACUUUCAGGAGGUUUGAUUAAUAACAGGUUUUCCCUAUAGUAUAAAAACUUGCCUUCUCAGCUGGGAAUGUCAUGAGCAUACACCUAACCUUCCUAAUUAUGCAACUAGAUCAUUUGGGUGGGUUUGCAAGAUAUGGCUGUAAAGAAUCAUUAUUAAUUAUUAUUAUUUAUAAAGCGCCAACAAAUUCUUCAGCGCUGUACAAGGGUGGACUAACAGACACAUAUUUGUAACCAGACGAGUUGGACACACAGGAACAGAGAGGUUGAGGGCCCUGCUCAAUGAGCUCACAUGCUAGAGGGAGUGGGGUAAUGUGACACAAAAGGUAGGGUAGAAAAGUAGGUUGUUAGGAUAGUAUUCACUGAGGGCUUAGUGUUUUGUUUUGAUGACAGUUGCAGGAGAGGAAUCUUCUUCACACCAGAGUUGAUGGGUACUGUGUCCCAGGGAGUCUGCGGCAAUUUGUUGCGGCUGAAAGGGUUAACAAAUCCAGUUUACCUUUGCAAAUAUUUUGGACACAUAAAGAGGAAGGUGGGCCUCCCAUCACAUGACAUACUGGUUAGAGGGGUUGGGCUUUGAAUGUGUUUCAAUCCUCUGUUUUUCUUUUUGUUUAGUUUUUUUUUACCUGUUUGAAAUUAGCUUCACAAGAAAACUGAAGAACUGCACCCAUAGUCUUCUUCCACCAUACCUACUACAAUAAACUAUUAUGGGCUAGGACAUGGAGUGCCCUUUUAAUAAUCCCUCUUACCCGUCAUGAUUAUUAAUGUGAACCACAUUUUUACAAUAAGCAAAGCCCUUACAAUCUUAUUCUUAAAAGAACCAGACCAAAUUAUUAAACAAAUGGAUUUCUGAUCAUUUAAUUUCACAAUUGACUUUACAGUAGAAGUGUUUCAUGAAAAAAAUAAUCUCAAAGCAUUAAUUGGCAGAGAUUAGAAUGAUCUAUAUGUGAGUGCAUUUUUUUUUAUAGCUGUUUUAUUCUAGUUACGUAAUUUAGUAUUAUGUAUAUCAAUAAAAAUAGAUUACAACCUACCAGAUGUAGAAUCCAUUAUGGUUUGAAUAUUUUGUGCACACAAUUAAAGCACUUCCUGCUUUCGCCACCUGUUACAAAAUAUGUUGCAAAACUAUAAAGAGAGAAAACUUGCAGGAAGAGGCCAGGUGCACACUGGGAAAUGUAUUAUCUUCUUUUUAAGUGACAGUAGAUUAUUGUGAACAUGGCCUACGAAAUAUACUUAGGAAACCGUUCAACUAGUAUAAAGCUUCACACUUUGUUCAUGCUUCAGAGGCUAAUAUUUUUUUCUGUUUAAAUAUAUUUUUUUGUUAUCGGAGGUCAAUAUUUUAAUAUUUGUAAAAUGGCAGCUUUAAGUUCAUUGAUUUAGUACACCUUUUGUAAGGUACACUCUCAUAUACACAUUGGUUUAGAAUGUUGAUUGUUUUUGCUGUAACUUUAGCAACAACUUUCUCCUUUUAGAAACACUAUGGUUUAAUAUCCCGUUUCUCUGCAGUACAUGCAUUUUACUGGUUUUGUGUACAUUCAUACUUUACUUAAUUGUAUUGCUGCAUGAUAAUUUAUAGUAAGUGUAUAAUGCUUAUACUGCAGAGGGUAGCCAGCAUGUCAAAAGGGCUCUAGAAGUCUGCAGUAAAUGAGAUUUCAAAUGAGAUUCCGAUUUCACAUGGCCUGCUUAGUUAAAGGAAGAUCCCUCCUGGAGGAGGGAAUACUCUGAGCUUCGAUUGUUGGAAGCAACCCCCCCCUAUCCCUACUCCCUUCUUGUAUGAGAAGCUGGCUUCCCAGGAAAAAUCUGCAGGAAAUCUGAACUCUUCAGAUAACUCCUGAGCAACACCGAUUUCCACAUACUAAGCAAUUAAGUAGGCUGCAGAAUAAAGAGAAAGGAAUCAGAAAAUGAACUGCAGACAACUCAUAAGGCCUUAUGUCAUCACCUCUGAUGCACGAUAUGCAUGACUAAAAUCUGAAGCUGGGGCACAGAAAGGAAACAAACCUUUUACCAGUCCAUUAGGGAGACUGCAUCCUUGAUUUCCUUCUAGCUGAAUGUGACAUUAUAUAUAAUGAAAUAUAAAUAUAAUAAAUUGUACUAUCUGAAUCCCCACUGUGGUAACUCUUCUUUUUGCUCCUACGGUGGAUUUUGACAAGUUCUGGAGUUGAAUUAGUUAUAACACCUUUUGCAUCCAGUGAGAUACUGGGUGGAGAUGAUGGGAGUUGUUUAUAUAUAUAUAUAUAUAUAUAUAUAUAUAUAAGGGGAUCAAAAAGGGCUACAUAUAAAUAAAUAUGAAGGGCUGAAAGCAGUCAUAGAUGAGUGACAAUGUAGCCCUGUUGAGUAGAAUUUUCACCCCCGGUAAGUGUGCUAUGGCAAGUAACUUUUAAGGCCUGGCCAGUAACAUAGGGCUUGAAAUCCUAAGCCCUGUACAUACAUAUAUAGCUGUGAUUACAUGUAGUUUGAAUGUAAGGUGGGAAAGCAGAACCCGUGUUUGUUUAGCACCAUUAAUCUAUUCAGUUCCUCUCUAUCACUUUUCUGUUUGCUUUCGAUUUAAUGCCUUUAUUAUCUCUGAGUGCUUAUUCUGUACAAGUAAAUAUUCUAUUCUCUUUCAGUCUGCAGCUCGGAGGGCAGGUACAUCAUGUGCAAACUGUCAAACCACCACCACUACAUUGUGGAGGAGGAAUGCUAAUGGGGACCCAGUAUGUAACGCCUGUGGCCUGUACUACAAACUGCACAAUGUAAGUAUAUUGCAGUGUUCUGAGAAUUCUUCUAUUUCCUCUGACACAUUUACUGUUGUAUCCUUGAGCAAUGUGCCUGAACCAGAUACUUUUUAUAAACUCAGGUAACCGGGGCCUAAAUAAAUGCCUGUGUGCUGCAAGACCUUGCACAAGGCAAGUGAGCCAGUCACCAUUAUUCCUCUUUUUGUUGUCCUUCUUAUCUCAUUUCCUGCUGUGUUGCUCAUUUGAAAAAAUAUCCAAAAAAUAUUCCUGAGAAAUAUUUUUUUUUCUUGACUUAUCUUCAUAGUAACUGAGGCACUUUUGUAAAUAUUUUAUUCGCCUACCCAACAUUCUGAUCUUGCAUCAAUUGUCUCCACUGUAAACACAGUUAAUGCAGAUAUCAAUAAUGAGCACACCCCAUCAUGCUAUCAUUCCUCUAUCUCCUCGCUCUGACCAUUUAUGGCAAGGAAGAGAAUGACAGGGAGCCUUAUCAUGGUUUGUUAAAUAUACACCACCUCAUCUCUAAGGUAGAUUUAUUUUUAAGAGAUUUACAUCUUUACAUCAAUUCCUGACAGAUUCUAUUUUGACAACAUUCUAGCAGUCUGCAAAUAAGAGGAUACAAAAUUGUUGCUUAUCGGUUUUCCUGUACACAUUUUCUGCAGGUUAUCUAAGCAGUUGCAUACUUUAAAAAAAACAAAAAACAUGAGAAACCAAAAUUGGGGAUAUGGCCCAAGUGAACCAUGUGCCUACCACAGACAGCUAAUUUCACCUUUUGGGACUCUGAGUGGAGCUGGCUUUUUGUUUAUAGUUGGGAAGAAAACUCUCCAUUUAACAAAGUAGAAAUAUAAAAAUGUGCAUCAUAGGUUGAUUUUAUUAAAAAACAAAAACAAAAAAAAACCUUGUAAAAAUCAGCUGUCACUGUUUCCCAGCACUCUCAUAGUGCCAAAUAGCAAUAUGUGGCACUGGGCUGUAUAGCAAUUUUCCCCCUACAGCCAAUUCAAAUUCAAAAUUCUCUCCCGGACCCCUAAAGUCUGCUGUUCACUCUCUUACAUUUUAUCUCUCCAGUUUGUCCUGCUCCAAGUUCGCACUCAACUUCUUAAUUUUCCCAUAUUCUCCCCAAGUAAAGUACAAGCUCCCAAACUUUUAUGGUGUAGCCUGUCAGAAAUAGUGGGAUGUCUAUAUAGAUUGUAUAUGUAAUUGUUUUGUACAAGCAUAAGUUACUAUAGUGUUCAGUUUCCCUCUCGAGUCCCACUGUGUAUCAAGUACUGCUAAACACCAAUUAAUGUUUCCCUGCAAUCUUCACUUGCUGAUAACUCUUUGCUCAAAGCUCAUGGAUCUGGGAAAGUUAAAAGGAGAUGAUUUUGAAUACAUAUUUUGAACUUUCUUGGUGUUCAGUAAUAGAAAAUGCAUACGGUUUUACAUUACCAACAGUACGGUUGAACAUGAUUGCAUUUCUUGAAAAGAAAUAUAAUUUUACCCAACCACAAUCAAAGUCUUCUUUAUUCAGAUUCGGUGAUGGGAAAAAAUAUAUAUACAUUUUCACACCUUCAAGGUGUUCUCAUCAGGUGUGAAACAUGGCGGCGAUCCUGCUGCAAGAUUAUGCUUGCUUUAGUUUAAUUAAAUUAAAUAUAUUCCUUUGAUAUGCGGUCUAGACUUUGUAAUGUAAAACAGGUAAUCAUUUUGCAUCUGAAAAUGAUAAAUGUCUCUUACUUCUUUGGUUAAGAUAUUCCUUGCAGGUAGAGUGUUCCUUGAUAGAGGUGUAAAAUAGCGAAUACAGUAUUUUUUUUGUAAUGAUAAAGUAAAAAAAAAAAAUCAGACUAAAAAAUUCUUACCUUGAGGAGAUUAUAUUUAUUAUUUUACUUGGCAAAAUAACAUAAAAUAUUUUUCCAAACAAAAUGUAAUUUCUUUUUAAUAUAAUUUCUUUAACAUUAUACUUUCAUUUUAAUGUUUAAAAUUGAAUACUCAUUAUUACACAUUUCAUUUACACCAUGUGUAUCUUUAAUAUAGCUGUGUACAUAAUAAAUUUCAGUACAUAUGGAAACUUAGGUUAAAUAAUAUUUCUCACACACAUUAUAAAAAUAUAUGUUAAUAUUAAUCUAGAAUCACAAGAUAACAAAUUAUAUACAUUUUUAAUGCUAUAUUAACGAUUAAAGUUGGCUCAAAUAUCAAGUUUUAAUGUAAUAUUUCCCCUUAAAAACUAGUGAACUGAUCUCACCUAUGACAUUUUCAACCUAGACAUUUAAGUAUUGUUUUUAUCAUUAGAUGUGACAGUCAUAGGAUAGUCGUAGUCAUUUCCUUGAUAAUUAUUCCAACCCACACUCUCAAACAGUGGAAAAUUUGGGUGUUAUUUAUGUACAGACUGUACAGAUGAUGUAAUUUUAUAUCUUAAUAUGUAGCAAAAUUGUGCCAAAUGAGUAUGCCAAAAUAGGAAAUAAACCGCUCAGGUUGUAGGAACACACCUUUGGAUUUUCAUUAUACAAAAUCAACCCAGAAAUUUGAUAUUAUUAUUUAAAACAUUAAAGAAUAUAUUUGUAGAACACUUUCAGAAUAUUUACCCAAUAGCCUAGCUCGCAAUUUUUACUUUAAAAUUUAAAUUCAACAGAAUUUUAUUCUUAAGCGUUUAAUUUGUAUUUUAAAAUGUACUGCUAUAUAACAUGAUACAUGCCUUACCUAAAGUGCAUAGCUAUUAAAUGGUGACUUGUGGUGAAUUGACAAAUACAAUUCAGGAUUUUGGACACCUACGAAAUUUGGCUGUCGGCUUCUAAGAUUAACAAAUUGGUUGCCAGCUGAGCAGAAUCAACUAGAAGGUGUUCCACUAGCUUCUUCUAAUCUAUUAUAUUUAACUAGGCCAUAAUCACACUAUUUUAUUCUAUUAUUUAUCAUACGACUGUAUUACAACAACUAUAUAUAUAUAUAUAUAUGUAUAUAUAAUUCAAUUGUAACUGGAAAUCAAGAAAAAUGUGUUUUAGACUUUACUGAAGAGUUAUAAAACAAAAAAAUGAAUAAUACACCAAUAAACACCAACAGACAAAUAAAAAAAACACAUAUAUAGUUGCAUGUCAACUUCCAUCUAACACCUUGCAAUCUAUUCACUAAAAUAUGAAUUGUAGCAAACAUUUAGGCUACAAUAUACACACUGUAGUUAUAUUUGAGUUGGAAAAUUUCCAGUUCAGCAAUUUUAGCAUACAUUUUGCCAUUCUGGUUUCAAUUUGCUACAAUUUAGAGUUUAGUAAGUAAACCCUAUUAAACGACAAACUAGUGGAUAAUGUCAAAUCCACACGGGUUUUACCUGCAGUUGUUUUUCCUGCCAGCCCACCCCUUUUUUUUUUAACUAGUUCUCCCCUUUCCUCUGGUAGAAAGUCAGUAAGAAAAUAAACCUUUCUGGUUUUGCAGACUAAUCAGAAAUCCCUGAACAAUAGGGGCUAUGUCUAAAUACUGGUGGAAAGUGCUAUCAGUGGAGUAAUUGUGAAGUCAACUCCAGUAGUUGCCAUGGUAAUUACUCCCUUUUCAGUACUUUGCUCCCGAAUCAUGUGUUGUAUAUAACCUCUAAUGUCUUUGGAGUGAGAGAAUCCAGUCUAUAUGCUUGCUUGUUAUUUUGCUUAUGAUCUGAUACCCAAUCCAUCAUUUGAUAUUGUUAGUUUAUCUAAAUACAUUAUGCAAGUAAUAGUAUAUAUUAAUUAUGGUGGCAUUUAUAAAAAUAUUCGUAAUCUCUGCGUAUCUAUAAUGAUAAAUAUCUAACAAAAAUGCAUUGAAUAUACUAAGGGAUUUGAUUAGUGCAUUUAUUACAACUAUCUGUCGACCCUUGCUAAAUUCUAAUGGGUUUGUUUAGUAUAUCAGAAACUGUAGAGAACUGUUGUUUUAUGCUUGAAAAAGAGCGAAGUUGGCCUAGAAUUUGGAAAUACUUCAUAAAAACUGCUUUAGUGAGUUAUUAGUGAAUGACCCCCAGAGAACAUUUCUUUGCUGAUUUAGGGAUCCAUAAAACUUGCUGCGUUACAAGAAACCCUUCUGAGGCAGGUGCUGAGCUGCGUUCUGCACUGGCCACCUUUGGCAACAUGCGUAACUAAUUACUUCUAUAAUGGGGACUUGGUGACAUGUUGCCCUCUGUGAGGAUCAGGAACAAUUGCUUGACAGGCUCACUGCUGUUUUAUGAGAUGACCUCAACAAGCUACGGUCGUCCCUUAUUAAAAAAACCAUAGGAAAAACUAUUUGACAAGAAUGUGUUAAUUGUUGUGUGCAUGGCACCAGCCUCAUUUAAUCAGCUCAUUGCUUUGGGAAGUAGAUCGCACAAGUUGACGGGCCAUAAGUGAACUGACUUCUAGCUGCAACUGACAGCUGUCGGUAAAACACACUCAGCCUAGGAGUGUGUGGGAUUUUUGUGUUAAUUCUGGUUCACAUCACUGAACUGUAAAAUGCUGCAUGUGCUGUUCAGGAGUCACAGUUCCUGAAUAAUAAGAACCUUACUGGCAUAGGGAACUUUAAACAGAGGCCAGGUUAUUUAUGUGUUUUUAAAUAAUAAUAAAUAUCUGCAAUAUCAGUGUGAAUAACACUAUAAAUUGAUUUAUAUAUGUUUGUGGGUAUUGGUGCAUGUAUGUAUGACAUGUGUGCACAUACAUGUAUGUAAUGUACAUUCCACACAAACAUAUGCAAACAUGUUACAUUAAUACUGUUAUACAUUCUAUUUGCAGGAUUUAUAUUUGAGGACCUACAAUGACUUACAAUGGCUUUGUGCAUUUGUUUAUAUAAACACACAGAAACAUAUACAUACACACUCAAAUACAUACACAAACACACACAGUGGAGGCUGGUUCAUUGGGGGAGGUGAGGUAGCGCCUAGUCAGUUUUUCUUGCAAGAAAUAUAAUUAAAAAAAUAACCUGUUGCUGGGGUAAUGUGUGAUGAUAAGAGUUGGAAGAAAAAAACCCUCAAAACAUCUGUCUUUUACAAUUAAUUAAGCAAUUUCCUACCCCACUAUUAUUCCAGGCUGGAGUUGCUACAGAUAGGUUGAGCAAAUAAGCAUGUCAAGAUUUUGAAUCAUUUUCAAAAUAAAUGUCUAUUUUCUAGCUAUUGAACCCUCAUGCUCAGUCUUCUCUAACAAGGUUUGUGACAUCACAUAUUGACUUUUCAUAAAGUGUUAAUUAUAGCAUAAUGUUCCACUGGCUUGGGGGUUGAGAACAUGAGGUUAUGUGGGCAGAGGCAAACAAGUCAGGGUGUAUAGUCCAAUUUUGGGUUAAGAUUCUAGAUCUCUAACAUCUUUAAACUUUCCUAGCUGCCACUGUGCGCGCACUCACGCACUCACACACACAGCUAAUGUAUACACAAAUGCACACACACACACACACACACACACAAACACACACACACACACACACACACACAGAGCUAAUGUAAACACAAAUGCACAUAUAUACACGCACAGAAACACACUCACAUCUGUCUGUCUCUAUAUCUAUCUGUCCUUUUCUAUCUAUCUGGCCUUUCACAUACACACAUAUAUCUGUCUUGUUAACAUGUUAUGAAAAGUAUUUGUAGUAUGUUCAGAAAUAUGCAUGAGUCUUUGUAGUGUGCAACAAGUGGUAUUAUGGAAUUCUUUAGCUAUUAACGCUAAUAGAAUGAUUUUGGAUAAACAAUGAACUGCACUCUUUAUAGUGGUUUCUCUUUAUAGACUCAAUAUUAGCUUCUCGGCUUUUUGGGUCUGCUAUUGAUUUGAAGGUCUUUAACUUAAAAUGUGGCUGCCAAAAACUUUGCCAAAUGUUUCAUGCAUGCAAGUACUUUACAACAGCUACUAAAGAAUGAGAAACAAAAACAAAUAAUUGAUUUUUGUUUAGAUUAACAGACCUUUGACUAUGAAGAAGGAAGGGAUUCAGACCAGAAACCGAAAAAUGUCUAGCAAGUCGAAAAAGAGCAAAAAGAUGCACGACAGCCUGGAUGAUUACCCGAAAAGCAGUUCGUUCAGUCCUGCUGCUCUCUCCCGGCACAUGUCUUCACUCAGUCACAUUUCACCCUUUAGCCACUCCAGCCAUAUGCUGACCACACCAACACCAAUGCAUCCUUCUUCUGGCUUGUCAUUUGGACCUCAUCAUUCCAAUAUGGUCACUGCCAUGGGUUAGAUUCUACCCGUCUAUACUAGGACUUCAUCUCUGCUUGCUUUUUUUGCAUACUGAUGAGCCCUUAAACAAUGGAAACAUGUUAUUUAAAAGCUUACACAGCAUUGUGUUUGCCAUUUUUAAAGGAACUCACUGUGGCAUCUAUGUAUUCUCAACCACCGGAUCUGGAUCCCAUUUGUGAAUAAGCCAUUUAAAGACUUUUCUUCCCCUAUUCAGAAGGGUUAUUAGUGCUGUGAAUGAACAAAAAACAAAAAAACAAAAUACAGAACAUUGCAUAAAACGGUUCUAUAAUAUAUAUAUAAAAAAAAACAUCUGGAGACUUUUAUUCCCCCUUGGCAAUUUUUUUUUGAAGAGCAUGAAGGACUACAGGAAGAAAUCAAGUAUGUGGCAAGGGAACCUAAGACUUGUAGACUGCUAGGCUUUUUGGCUAAGUAAGUGAACUAACUGCCAGCACUGUUUUCCUUAAGUUGCGGAAGCUGUUUGAUGCAUAAAGUUGUAGACAGUUCAUACAUUCAGGCUGUGGGCCUCUCCUUAGGAAGUGCUAUCAGUCCCAGGCAAUCAGCGUUAACACACGGAUAUUGCCAAUAAGGAGUCCCAGAUAGUCAUUCUUCAGGCCUAAAUGCAUUGUGAACAAGUUCCUGUAAUUGUUGUUUGUAUGUAUAAUUGAAAAGCACCAAAAUAAAAAGAUGUAGAUUUAUUUCAUCAUACUAUACGGACUGAAUGGUUGUACAAAAUUAUUUACUGCUAGUGUAAAGAAUUGCUUUUGUUGUUUUCAUAUUAUUUUUUUCUUCCUUUAAAAAAAAUAAAAUAGAUUACAUUCUGUUGAACUACAGUGGUUGUUAUUUAUUAAAAAAAAAAAUAUGGCUAUUCCUGAAACUGAAGCAAUGAACUUUAUUUAACAAUAGAUAUCCAUAUCGAAUUUCAGGAGGAUUUACUUACGAUUACAUAAAAAUAUGUACCUAUGUUUUUUUUUAUAUUACCCAAGAAACAAGUGUUUAAUCACAUGCACUAUUGCAAAUACAUUGUUUAAAAUGGUCUUCAUUUUGUGUUAUCACUUUAUUAUUUACUGUUAAAAUGGUAGUUUUAUUAUAUUUAUUUACAAUUGAAACCUAUUUUCUAUCUAACCUUAACUCUUCUGCUAGAGGUAAAUAAAUACGGGGAAACAAAAAUGUUUGUGUGUUCUAUAUUUGCAGGAUAAAGGUCCAUCAGGUGGACCCUUUAGUAGUAAGAAUGAGGUCGAUCUUCAACCCUAGUUCUGUUUUAAGUAAUUCCUUUCCUUAUCUAUGUUAAUGAUGGAAGCAACAGAACAAGCACAGAGUUGGGGACAGAAGUCAGACAUGUUUGUGCUCCUUGGCAGUUUGUCAACUAGAAUCUAGAUUGACUUUAGUUGUGCCAUAUGAACAAAGCUUCUGUCAUUUUUCUUUAAAAGUCAGAUAAUUCUUAUGUCAGAUAUUCAUAAUAAAUAUCAUUUAUAAUAUCCCAUUGUCUGAUCACUGGAGUAUUAAAGCCAAAGUGUUUCUAUAGAGACCCCAAAGAGGUGAUUCCAUAGUAUUAUAUAAGCUCAGGAGAUUGGUGACUCUCCACCAACUCCAUAGUAAACACAAGACUUCACACUUUCUGCUAUGAGCUUCUGAGUCAGGUUCGUUUCUCCCAAUAGUCAGAGUAGGCACCUGCCUAUAUGCGCCUGUCCGCCAGGGGGAGCUUUUUUAAAGCACCUAUAAUGUUUCUUUUUUUAAGCUAAAAUAGGCUGGUGUGGAGAGAUAAGUACGGUACUAGGACCAUUGGUUAGUGUGAUGUCUAGUCUAGUCAGCCUUAAUAGCAGAGCUGCAGGAGGGUAUAAUACUCAAUGCUAUCCCAGCUCUUCCAGUGUCUGUGUGUGAGGAUGGACAGGAAGUGGAAGGGGUCACUUCCCAUCUGCCAAUAACAGCCUCUCACACAGCAAAUGCCUUGCAGGAGGAGCAGGGGAUUCUUUUAGUGAUGCACACUAUGUAACCACUCCUGAAGCUCUGAUAUCUAUCUGAAUGGUCUACAGAAGACAUAGAAGGGUGAGUAAUUUGCAAAUAACCCUUCAAACAACAACACUCAAAGCCUAAACCUGAAAAUAAACCCUUUACCUUAGUCCUAUGUUCCAUUUAUUUAAUCAAAACUAAACACCCAUGUACCCGAAUACUAAAUUUAACCCAAUUCUAAACCUCAACUCAAUACUCCUAAACAGAUUUUAUGCUACAAUUUUAACCUUUCUCAGCCUGUUAAUAUUCUAAACCUCUGAUGUCUAACCUUAACCCCCCCCUUUACUAUAAACAUUUCUGACAUUAUUUUAACCCUGCAUACAUUUACACAGCUGCAUACAGUCACUGUACUCACAGAUUCAAACACAAUAUAUAACAAGCAGAGCAGAAAUAUGCACAUACAUACAUUUAUCAAAUAUACCGAUAUAUCAGUAUUCUAAAAUAUGAAUACAUAUUUUUGGCCUGUAAUGUCCAGUUAAUAUACUCAUUAUACUUUGUUAUACUUUGUUUAUCCGCAUUAUUUUGGGGUUGGAGAGCAGGAGGUGACUUAGAAUUGUUCCUACAGGCACCUGCCAUAUAAAUACUACCCUGCUGAGUUGAGUCCACAUUAAAAUGAAUAGGGACUUUACUUAGAGAACCGUUAAUGCUGCAUAAUAAGAAAAGAAUUUCAUGAGUACAUUUGCUUGACCAUGAGCCCCGUUCACUAGAUUAUCAGGUGCAUCUUACUCUAUGAGGUUUACGAUCUUUGACAAGUCUUCUCCAAACAGAAAUGUUUAAACUUCUAAACACUGAUAUAUGUCUGUUUUACAUUUAUGUUUGCACUUAAAAAGCACACAAAAGAAAAUAAUAGACAAUUUCUCAAUUAAAGAAUUAGGGCACUUUAUAGCUAUGCAUAUAUUUCUUGCAUCUGGUAGUUACAGUUCCAGAUGAGUUAACUUUUUUAUCUAUAUUUUUGGGAGUAUGGAGAUCUGUACCUCUUUGCUUUCUUGCACAAUGAGUAGCUGAAGGUGCUGGAAUUUUUAAUAGUACCCUGCAAUGUAGAAUAGCUGUGAGGGAGCUAGUGAUGAGAUAAUUACUCUCUUGCACAGGGCUCUGGACUGACUCACGGGAGAUCUUUGCACAGAACCCUCGAUAGACGAGCAUGUCCUUUUUUUUUUAGAUCUGGUCCUUUUUUCAGUUGCGGUGAGGCUUUGUUUUGGCCUUUUUGCAACUAAAAAUUAUAUUUGAAGAAAAAAAAUGUCUAAUAGCAGUCUAACGAGCCAUUCUCACUAUUAUUGGCGUGAGGUGGUAGGUACUGUAUUUUUGGAGAAACUAGGGCUCUGGGGAUCUUUUACCACCUUGUGGAAAGUGUGAUUUUAUCUUAUUAAAACCUGGUAUAAUUUUUUUGGGAGAGUGUGAACAAUAGCAUGUCCCCACUGGCCACCCAUUGGUGGAGUCUGGGGGACACUACGUUCCCCCUGGUGAUUAUUAUUACUAUAUCAAUACAGUCAUAGUGUGGGUGCAUGUGGGUGGGCAGUGCCAUAUUACAGCCCCCAUCUGAUGCAAACGGGUCAGGUUUGUGGGGAUCUCUGCCAGGUCCCCCUACUGUUAAUAGCUACUGGGCAGCAAUACUUGCUGCCUAGUAGCUGCCCUAGCUACUUGCUGUUUAGUAUACUUACACCCAUUUUUUUUACCUUCUGGUAUACUAAUUUGGUGGUCAUAUUAACACCCAUAGGUUUUUAUUCUAAUUAUUUGUUUCUGAUUGUAGUAAAAAAAUGCAUUUUAAUAAUUUUAGUUGUUAAAUCUGAUAGGCCCAUUUCAUAGUUACAAUGCCCCUGUUAAAUGGUGUUAAAAUUUGGAAAUUUUUUGUUUAAAAUAUAGGCUUGGCUUCAGUAUGUGAACAGACAUUUUACAGCUCUGGAUAUGCCUUUAACUGCUGUAAUUACCUUAUCUUUCCAUGUAAAAGACGCUCCCUAUUUUUUGAGCCCAAAAUUAAGAAAUCUAUGUUUUAAACAUCAAAUAGAACAACACUGAUAUUUUAGAGGUGAAUUCUGAGGAGAACAACACACUUCUGAUUCUCAUGCCUCCCCUGUGCUAUGGUACUCUGUAAAGUUAAUGGCUCUAUAGUUCAUGCUGGGAAACUACAGCUCACACAAUAAAGCAGGUGGUGUGAGGGCAUGCUGGGACAUCACAGCAGUAUUCCCUCUGCUCCCUGAUCCCCAUUUCCUCCCCCAUAAAUAUAAAUCAGAAAGCAAGAGGUGGAGCAAACCUUUAUAUGGCUGCUCCUUUUAUGGCGUGGCAUGUCUCUGGAGCUCCGUUGUUGGUAAAUGCUGAUGUCUGCUUCAGCUUCCAUGCAUAUAGGGACCUCUUCCUCCUUGCCGCAGCAUUUAGAAGUGGAUCGGCGUGAGGGAAGCCAGGUGUGUGUGUCAUGGCACACUGAAAUACGGCAGGCGCCAUCUUCACUUAGGCCCGCGCGCAGGUGUUUUUUUUUUAGCCCCUGCAGUGACAUUCCGUGUAUUAGACGACCACCAAUUUUAGAUUAAGAUAAUUUAGAAAAAAACAUAGUCCUAUACAUAGAAAAAUACAGUGAUCUGAACUGUUAAAUGACUUAUCAGGAAUUGAAAAACUGCUGAUAAACGUGAUUGGCUGUAAUGUAAUUGAGGCCUAUAUCAGAAUUGAUAAAUUUGUCGGUUUCAAUAGAAAGGGCAUGCAAUAGCUACAGAUACAACAUCUGCAACUAUUGCAAGCCAAGAUUUCAUUUAACCCUUAAAGGACCACUAUAGUUAUUUGUUUUCCUGGCACUAUAGUGCCCUGAGGGUGCCCCCACCCUCAGGGUCCCCCUUCCGCCGAGAACUCUCCUCCUCCUCCAUAGCGGCGUCAUCGGCUGAAUGAGCAUGAGUGGCAGGAGCAGAGCACGCAUUCAGCCAGUCCAUAGGAAAGCAUUAUCAAUGCUUUCCUGUGGACGCUGGCAUCUUCUCACUGUGAAAAUUACAGUGAGAAGCAUGCAAGCGCCUCUAGCGUCUGUCAAUGAGACAGCCACUAGAGGCUGGAUAAACCCUAUUAUAAACAUAGCAGUUUCUCUGAAACUGCUUUGUUUAUAGAAAACAGGGUUAAUCCUAGCUGGACCUGGCACCCAGACCACUUCAUUAAGCUGAAGUGGUCUGGGUGCCUAUAGUGGUCCUUUAAAGAAAACAUGCAUGCAUCGGAAUCUAUAUAUUUUUUUAUUGGAGUGUUCCUUUAAUAGAUGUUGCUUUGGUGUGACUUCAACAUUAUAUUGGGUCAAGGUUUGUUGAAUGCUGAAUACUGGGGAGUUCCAUUGAUGGGGUACCAAGGGAUAAACCGUUUUGCCUUUAAUAUAAGUUAAUGAAGCAAAGAGCUUUUUUUCAUCUGCAGAUGUAGUGGGCAUGCGGAAAUAACAUCAUUGAUGAAAAACAUAAUGCGUUAACAGAUGAAAAUGCUGACUGCUGAAGGAUGACACAAUUCUUGAUGAAAUUCUAUAAUAAAAAUGUUAGUAAUGUGGUAAGUGCUGUUCUAGAGGCAAUAAAGCUCCAAAGCUGGCACAGAUGUGACUCAUAGGGUUAGGUAUUAGAAUCGGGUAAACAAAAGACUGAAGAGGUACAACAUUCCUAGCAGGGAACACUACUGCAUUCUGAAUAAAUGUUUUUGCAGUAGUUUGUUUAGGUAUUAAAGAAUAAAAUACCAGUAGUUUUUCUGUUAGUACAGUAAUAACAUAGGGAAUGAAGAGCUACCCCUAAGCAGCAUUUGCAGCCACAUAGCAAAUAAUCAAGCUGUCCACGGCUAGACGGAACUGAUCUAUAGAGGGGAAUCUUAGAAGAAUGAUUAAUAGCACAGACUUUGACAUAUUAAUUACCUGUGAGACUGAAAGUGAUUAUCUUUAAGACUGUGCACAAACUGUCAAUAUGUGUACUCCUUACAUGUACAAUGAAACACAGAGUGCGUGCGUACACAUAUAUGAAGGUUUGUAGAGGAUGAUCUACAGACGGUGACACUGUAAAUGUAGACAAGACGAUAAAUUAUUUCUUAAUGUGAGAGAUCUAUUAUAGAAUAUAUAUACGGUAGUUUGUAUGUCAUAUUACAUACCAGGUGCACACUAAGCUGUAUGAAAUUGUUUUCAUAUAUCAGAUAGUAAUGGAUUCUAUAAUACUUUCUGAGCAUGUAAUCAUCUGAUUUUACUGCUUUAGAUUGUAUUACCAGAUCGUGGUACUGCAUUUCUUCUCUUAUUUGCAUGUACAUCAUUAUGCACCUAUUUAAAUUAAAAACAAUUAGCUACAUAAUGUGUCUGUGAUACCAGCAAAAAUGUAGAGACCAUCAGUCUAUAAAAUACUGUACUCAGCUUAUGAUUCAUAAAUGUGUGCUAUGCAGUAGACACAAUUCAAGCCUCUUGAAUUAAAGUGUCAGAUAAAAACUUGCACAUUGAGUAGGUAAGACAAGGAAGGUAGCCAAAUCUGAUACUUCCUAUGCAUCUCUCUAAUGUAGGUAGUAGCUGUAUUGUCUAACUCCCUGUGUCUCUUUUCUGAUUUCUUACUGCUCACAACAUGCGGUGUAUCUAAGAAUAUCACAGGACUUUACAAAAAUAAAUACCACAUUAAACAGACAAUACGCAAAGAAGUGUGUAUUAUGGGUGAAUAAUACCACAAAUAAGGUCCUGGUGACAUAAUAAACCACAAUACCGAGCAUUAAUUAAUGACUCUAGAAUCUCAAAGUGGCAUUAUUUUCUAACGCAUAUUUCAUCAUUAUGUAUAUUUCAUGUUUCAGUUAUUUAUUUAUGUAUAUUGCUUUUUAAAAUUAAUUUAGUCUUUUUAAUUUAUCUAUGUAGAUUGUCAAUCCUUGUUAAUUCUGUUUGUUCCUUUAUUAGGGAUGUGCAAUCUGUAUACACUGUGAAAACAGAUGGAAGUCGCUAAAGGUGGGAUAGGUGCCACCAAAGAGAAGACAGAAAUUGACACAAAAAGAGGGUGGAAGGUGUCCCAAGGGGGGAAGGGAGUGGAAGGAAGGAACCAAAUUUGUGAAGAAGCCACAGUACGGGCAGAAAGUACAGAAUGAGACACAUAAUGGGGCACAGAUUGACAGAAACAAACAAGGAAGACAAGAAUGACAGAAGCACACAAGAAAUGGGGUGAUGAAGAACAAACCAAGGUUAAGAUGGAGAGGUGGAUUAGCUCCUAAGUGCCCCUAUUUAGGAAGGACCUAAUUUAGGUUAAAAUCCCUCUGCCCCCCUUUCCCUCUAUCUAGAAGCUCCAUAUAUUGGUGUGUGAGUCUAUACAUGAGCAAUAAUACUCACACUGCUGUCUCUCUUGUAAAUAAAAUACUUGGUUUUAAAUUAAAUAUGUGUUGCAUACACUGUUAUUAGUUAGUCAUAUAUUGGGAUCCCCUUUCAAACUCCUGCCUGGCUGCCGCCAUCAGUUCUUUCUCUCUCUCCUUGUUGAUAUGCCUAGUACAGUGAGCAGGAAAGAAUUAGUGACAACAACUGCAAACUUCAGAUGUGGCAGGAAGUGCAACUCCCAUUAGGGUCAUUCAGCUAAAGCCAUGUAUGUCCAGGACCUUUACUGAAAUGAAGGCAUCUCUGGACAGUGUAAGAUCACAUGCUAGCUGAUAGUACAUAUGUCUUCUGACUGUACAGAAUGGUAUUGAACAGAGAAGGAUUAAAAUCCCAUAGGGAACUAGGCUCUGGUUUUAUUCCCCCUUUAUUCUUCACAUAGGGAUGGCAAAUGAGGUCAAGCAGAGCCAACUUCUAACUCCUAGGCCCUGGCAGCUGCCUAAAGUUACCUUACAGUCAACCCUACUCUGAUUUCAAACCAUCUGUCCAUGAAAAUUAUAUGCAAUUAUUGUGAUAGUGUGUUAAACCUGCAGUCACUGUAUUUAGAAAUUAGUUUAAUUGUUUGUGUAAAUAAAAUACACUAUACGAACAAAAAUAUUGCGACACUUGGCCAUUACACCAACAGGGACUUUAAUGACAUUGCAUUCUCAAUACAUAGACAUUAAGAUGUAGUUGGUCCCCUCCUUUGCAGCUCUGACAGCUUCGUUUGGGAAGGUUUUCAAUAAGAUUGUGUACUGUUUCUGUGUGAAGUUUUGUCUAUUCAUCCAGUAGAGUAUUUGUUAGGUCAGUCACUGAUAUUGGAUGAGAAGACCUGGCUCGCAAUCUCUCUUCCAGUCAUCCCAGAGGUGUUCAAUGGGGUUAAGGUCAGGGCUCUGUGCUAUCCAGUCAAGUUCUUCCUCACCAAACUCACCCAACCAGGCUUUCAUGGACCUUGCUUUUGACACUGCGGUACAGUUCCCACAAAGUCAGAAGCAUAGCAUUGUCCAAAAUGUCUUGAUAUGCUGAAGCCUUAAGAUUUCCCUUCACUGGAAAAAAAGGGCCUAACGCAACCCCUAAAAACAGCCCCAUACCAUUUCCCCUCCUCUACCUACCUACAGUUGGCACAAUGCAGUCAGGCAGGUAAAGUUCUCCUGGCAUCCUCCAAAUCCAGACUCUCCCAUCAGACUGCCAAACAGAGAAACGUGAUUCGUCACUUCACGGAACAUGUUUGCACUGAUUUAGAGCUUGGACCACUCUAUGCAACACGUCGCUUUGUACUUGGUGAUAUAAGGCUUGCAUACAGUUUUUCGGCAAUGAGAACCCACGCCAUGAAGCUUUCGCUUCAGAGUUUUUGUCCUUAUAUUAAUGCCAGUGGAAGUUUGGAACUCUUCAGCUAGGAAAUCAGCAGUGUUGGGGACUUUUACGCACCAUGUGACUUUUCGGUGAUCUUCCACUUCGUGGCUGAGUUGCUGCUGUUUCUAAGCGCUUCCUGUUUCCAAUAAUUUUUUACAGUUAACUGUGGAAUAUGUAGCAGUGAUGUAGUUUUACAAAAUGUGGCACAGUACCACAUUAGAAUUCACUGAGCUCUUCAGAACUACCCAUUUUUAUCACAAAUGUUGAAUGCAGACUGUAUGGCUAGGUGUUUGAUUUUGGUGGGCUGUGGCGGGGUGAAAAGUGAUGUAGCGGAGGGUUAGGGGGUUCUAGUAUAGGGGAUAGGAGACAGUACACAUAUGUGAAUACACACAGGAACACAGAAACACAAUAACAUACAGAUACACACAUGUACCCACACUGACACAUACACACUGACUCAAACAUAUACCUUCACAGACACAUACACUGGCACACACACAGAUACAAACAUAUGCCUAAACAGGCACACACACGGAUACACACCACACAUACCUACACUUACACACACUGACACACACAGAUACACAUACCUACACAUGCACGAACAGAUACAUGCACUGGCACACAGAUACACAAAUACACACACUGGCACACAAAUACACACACAAAUAUCUGCACAUACACACAGAUAAACAUACUGACAUACACACAUAGAUACACACAUACUCACAGAUACUAUCAUACCUGGUGUCCCGCGCCAUCCCGGUCUCGCCGUCGGUCCUCUCCUGUUGGGCGGUGUGGAUCUCUGGCGGGCGCGCGCACGUCCCCCGGAUGCCCUCCCAGACGCGCGCGCGCCCGCCCGCCCGCCAGAGAUCCACACCACCCAACAGGAGGUAACGUCACCCCUGCACAAGGUAACCAGCAGGGUUGACGUAGAAUCCAAUAUUAAAGAGAUAGUAGCCUAUUGCCACUAUCUAUUUAUACCUCCCUCAAUUCUGUCCCUGCCUGUCAGUAUUCACCUUGCCCUAUAUUAACCUCCUUCUGACAUCACUUCCUUGCCCUGUCGUGGUUUAUUAUAGCCCGAGAGUGCGUUCUGAGUAGUUGUCUUUUCUCUGGUUCCUGACUUUGGCUUGUUUAUCGGUUAUUCUCUUUUCUGGCUCCCUGACCUUGGCUCUGUCUAUUUCGCUUUCCCGUAUCUCUGUAUUCCUGAACUUGGCGCGUUUGACUAUUCUUAUAUCUCGUUCCUACAUUAAGUCCGGCCACUUUAAGGUCCGGUAAUACGUCUAUCUGUGUUCUCCUUUAUUGUUCCCUGGUUUGCGUGUUGGGGAGUAUUAACCUUGACACACACACAUACUCACAGAUACACACUGACACUCACACGCACUUGCACUCACUAACACAUAAACACAUACACCUACACACAGACAAACAGAUACAGACACACAUAACUACACACACACAUACAGAGAGUGGUGUAUCCUGGUUUUGUGCUGCCCCCUGGAAAAUGCCGCCCAAGGCAAAUGCCUUGUUUGCCUCGCGGCUAAUACGUCCCUGCACACAGAUACACACAUACCUAGUCCUACACAGAUACACACUGACACUCACAGAUACAUAGACACUCACAUAUAUACACUGACACUCACAGAUACACACACACACUGACACACACACACAUAGAUCCACACACAUACUCACAGAUGCACAGACACUCACAGAUACACAGACACACAUAUAUACACUGACACUCACAUAUACACACACUGACACACAGACAUACUCAAAGAUACUCACUGACACACAGAUACACACAUACCUAAACAUACACAUGGGCAAACACGCAAAUUGCAAUUUACAUUUGUUUAUCCUCUGCUCCCACACCUUUUGUUUGCAGUGAGGUGGCUGAUGAUGAUGGGAGUGUGAAGGAGAAGCAGCAGAGCUCUCACUCCUGUCUCCUCCUAAUCUCUCAGUUGCUUCAUCAGUGUCCUCCCAGCCCGUGCGGUGUGAAUGCUAGGAGGAAGUAACAGUCACUUCCUCCCAGCACUCUCUGCAACAUUAAAGGGGCCUGCCCUGCAGCACCCGAAUGGGCCUCUGACGAGGUAGUUCCCCAAUAGGAGCUGCACUGUUUUCUCAGGAGGGGAAAUUACCCCGUUGCCCCCCUCCCGGAUCCACCACUGCCUGUGGCAAUGGGUCUGAUUAAAACAUCUGAAUUCAUUAAUUAAGAGGUGUGUUCCAAAACAUUUCUCCAUAUAGUGUACAUUGUUUUUUUUUAUUUUUAUUGUGAAUACUCCAAUAAGAAUGAGACUGGGCAUUAGAUUAUGGAGUUUGCUGCAACCUUGGAAUGCAUCUACAUCCCAUAGACUGUUUCCAUGUAAAGUUAAAUUAACCCAAGUUGUGCUUGCACAAUAUAUUUGUGCCCUGUACUUUAUCUAAUCUGUAUCAUAUCACCAUCAGCUAUUUGCUCAAGUAGACUAAAGACUAGGUAGCAGUGAAUUCUGGAGAUAACCUUCCACAAAUAUAACACCUCUAACAAUAAGCGCUCACAAGAGAAUGUGCUAAGUCACUUGUGAGUCAUAUUUAUUUUGAAAUGAAUAGGCAUGUGUAAUUUAUCCUGUUUUAUGCUGACUACGGAUAUAUAUCUAUGCUGCGGAGUGGCAUAAUCUUUGUAAUGUGGUACAAACUAUGGGACUUACACUGCUUUAGGACAUCAGCAUAUUAUUGACGAUUUGCUUAUUCUAAUUGACCUCUGAGUGAAUCUGGAACAAUGUACAAUACUGAAGCAGUGAAUAAUACAUACUAAUACUCUUAAGACCAAGUUAUUUGACCUGUCUAAUCACACUCAUGUCUGCAUCAGCAUUCUUCUGGGUCAAAUAAAAAGACAAAUAUGUGGAAUUUAUUUUAUGUGGUCGACAAUGAUUUUGACCUGCACUCACUCUUCCAGGAAGAGUGAUGCUAAUCAUAACCUUGCGUCUUUGGAACUUAAACUCUUGCAAGAGAAUGUUUUAUUAACAUAGUAUACAAAGGAAGGCAUAACUUCCAAGUAUAUUUAGGAGGGACAGUACCUAUUUUGGGCCCAAACCCAACUGAACACCUUUUCUAUCCUAAUAUCCUUAUUUUCUAGAAUCUUCAUAUUGUUGCUGUGUCUGAGUGUAUAACAGAGCUCAACAGCAAUAAUUUGUGACAGGAGGCUUCAUAUCCUGCAUCUCUCUUUACUGAAAACUCCAGCUGCACAGAUCACAAACAGAACAACCAAUCAAAAAACAGCUACACAUUCCAUAAAAGGCCCUGCUAGCCUAAGUUCCUCCUCUUUCUUUGCUGCCCUUGCUGCACAGGUCAGAGUAUUUUAUCCUUGCAAUUUUCUUACAGUGUUUUGCUAAAAUUCCGUUUUAUUUGUCAUAUCGGUGUUCUCUCAUUUACUUGAUGCUGAUCUUAUUUAGCCCCUGUGACGAAGGGCCCUUCGCCACUUGGUCCUGGAGAGGCCUGCUUGCCAGCCUCCUCCCCUGUGACUAUGACUCUUUGAUGUAUUUGGGUUUAAAGCCCCUAUUCUACCUUCAGACAGACUAUUUAUGUAGCUUGCUUUAUUUCUCUUAUGUUUUAGUCACCCUGUACCCAUUAUAGGUGCAGGGUGUGUGUAAUGUAAUUGUUUCUAGUGUGUGUGUAUACUGUGUAAUGUAUUGCCUGCUCUCCUGUACUGCUGAGGUUUGCUACCAACUAGGUGGAUUUGGCUAUGGAGCUUGUCUAGUGCCCUCUGUUGGUAGCAACAGCAAUAUGCACUACCCGAAUAGCAAGACUGGUUCAUUUGCAUAUUCGGGUAGAUUUGCAUAUUGCUAAUUCUGCAGACACGUGAGAUAUUUUCUGUUAGUUUUUGUCUCCCCCACCUAUUUGGAAAUGUGCCAUUGUGUUGUGAUAAAUCACUGUUUGUUGCCUCAUAUGAUUUGACUGUUUGUGAUUUUAUUGAGUUUUCACAGCAAUGUUAAUGUGAUAACCAUAUGGGCUAGUCCCAAGUAAAAUAAAGGUUUAGACAGUUCUCCUUGAUCCCUCUAAAGAUAGCCUUGUCUCGUUAUUGGAAGGAGCUGUUAUAAACACACUGGGGAUUGCUAUAAUCUGCAUGCUCCCCUGAGCUUGAAUCACUUAGCUCUUUUAAGAGUUUGUUCCUGACACGCUCUCCUUGGAGGAGGGGUCUUCCCCGCACAGGUCUGGAUGCUGGAGGUUCAUACAGGGUGGAAGGAAGAGGUCUUUCCCACACGGUCCUGGAGGACAGAAGCUGAUCCAGGGUGGAAGGAAGUCAAGCUACAGCGGUUGCGGUGGUUGUGGUGUCUGGUGCGGUGCUUGUGGUCCUCAGCGCAAACUAGGAAGCGUCCAUCAACGGAGGAUACUCGGUCGCAGUACGGGGAGCUCCGUUACAUUGGUGGUAGCGGUGGGAUGGCGUCUGCUCGGAGCAGCUCGGAGACACUGGUAUCGUAUGAGAGGUUAUUGAGGGCAACGCUAGCCACUGGGCAGCAUCCCUAUCUUCAGCAGCAUGGAGCGAGCAUGGAUAGAACCCUACGAAGAGCACCUCCACCUGAUACGUCGCUACGAGGGUGACGCUUACCUUGAGGAGGUAAAGAGGCGGUUGGUCUGCUAUGGCCCAGACCCUUCAAACGAGGUGGUCUACCAAGUGAUGCGCCAGUUGAGUGCUGAGAACAGUGCGGCAAUAGUCUUUGAGCAGAAACUGUGGAGGUUGAGGAUAUGGACACCCAGUCUCCAGCGGCAGUGCGAGUUCCAGUGAGCCGAAGGUGUCGUCCUUCCUCCCCAGAGGCAGUGCGAGUUACAGGGAGCCGAAGGUGUACCACAACAAGAGGACAUAGUCUUAACUUAGAGGGACAAAGGUUUAAAAAUAAUAUCAGGAAGUAUUACUAUACUGAGAGGGUAGUGGAUGCAUGGAAUAGCCUUCCAGCUGAAGUGGUAGAGGUUAACACAGUAAAGGAGUUUAAGUAUGCGUGGGAUAGGCAUAAGGCUAUCCUAACUAUAAGAUAAGGCUAGGGACUAAUGAAAGUAUUUAGAAAAUUGGGCAGACUAGAUGGGCCGAAUGGUUCUUAUCUGCCGUCACAUUCUAUGUUUCUAUGUUUCUAUGUUUCCUCUUCAGCGGCAGUGCGAGUUACAGGGAGCCCAAGGUGCCGUCCUUCCUCCCCAGCGGCAGUGCGAGUUACAGGGAGCCAAAGGUGUCGUCCUUCCUCCCCAGCGGCAUAGUGAGUCCCAGGGAGCCGAAGGUGCCGUCCUUCUUCCCCAGUGGUAGUGCGAGUUACAGGGAGCCGAAGGUGUCAUCCUUCCUCCCCAGCGGCAGAGUGAGUCCCAGGGAGCCGAAGGUGCCGUCCUUCCUCCCCAGCUGCAGUGCGAGUUACAGGGAGCUGAAGGUGUGGUCCUUCCACACCAGCAGCAGUGUGAGUUCCAGGGAGCCGAAGGUGCCUCCUUCCUCCCCAGCGGCAGGGUGAGUUACAGAGAGCCGAAGGUGUCGUCCUUCCUCCCCAGCGGCAGU